AUGGAAUGGAAUGGAGUGAUGGAUGUUGUGUGUGUUGCACCACCAGACAUGACUCGAGCUGCUGCAAAUGUCAUAUCAAAACGAUCAUCAAUACUGUCCGGUCAGUGUUACCAUGUCAAAUCGUCCGUUUGGUUGAGCGAUACAGUCGACGUUUAUGUAGCCGAGCAGUAUGUGCAUGAAGUGGUGGAACACACAGUGAGGAUGUCGUUGGAUGCCUGCGUUGACAGUUUUUGUAGUUGCAGAUCCAGUUGGAUUGAUAGGCGAGCAACUGUGCAAACAACUGCGCGAGUUGCAGGAUGUUUGAGAUCCAACAAAACACUGCUUGCACACAAGUUCAUGAAUGCAGAUUGUCAGACUUGA